UAAUGAAUCGAAGGAGCUCUUCUCUGAUUGUUCUAUCUCUGAUUGUUUCUAUGGAGCUCUUCUCUUCUCUAACGCCAUUUUUCUUCCUUCUCUUUUCUAUCUAUAUCUUCGUUCACAUUUAUCAAACAAGACCCAAGAAACCUAAUGUUGCAACUUCUACCAUCAUCAUCAAAAGCUACCUUAUACUCGGCCACCUACUGGAGUUAAUCAAGAACCGAAACAGAAUACUCGACUGGUUCACUGAUUUUCUUAGACAAAACCCUAAAAACACCGUAGUCUUAAAACGACCCUUCAAUAAACCGACCGUCGAAACUGCCAACCCUUUAAACGUGGAGCACUUGGCCAAGACCAACUUCGAGAACUACCCUAAGGGCGACUUUUUACUAUCACUCUUGGGCGAACUACUCGGCGGAGGAAUAUUCAACUCCGACGGGGAUCGCUGGAAGAUGCAACGAAAGGCUGUGAGCCACGAGUUCAGCACCAAGUCCUUAAGAAACUUCGUCCUUGAAAGUGUCGUGGUCGAGAUCGAAACUAGGUUACUUCCGAUUCUGGAGAAGGCCUCCGAAACCGGUCAGACUAUAGAUUUACAGGACGUUUUGGAGAGGUUCGCUUUUGAUAACAUCUGCAAAUUGGCUUUCGACGUUGACCCGGGUUGUCUCUGCGUCGACGGAGCCGAUAACGGUGGUGCCGCCAAUGAAUUCGUGAGGGCUUUUGCAGAAGCCGUCGAAUUAAGCUCCGCUAGGUUCAUGGAAAUUAUUCCCUUAACAUGGAAGAUUAAGAGGUUUCUAAACGUUGGAUCAGAGAAACGUCUGAAACAAUUAAUCGCAACCGUUCAUAAAUUUGCUGAUAGUAUUAUAAAAUCAAGAAAGGAUGAAAAAAACACCAAAGGAGACCUACUGUCAAGAUUUAUCGGAGACGACGGACUAAACUCGCCCGAGUUCUUGCGAGAUAUUGUGACUAAUAUAAUUAUCGCAGGACGAGAUACCACAACCGCAGCUCUUUCCUGGUUCUUUUGGCUCAUAUCGUCCAGACCAGAAAUCCAACAAAAUAUCUUGAAAGAGCUCGAGCUAAUUCGGGCUCGAACUGAUGCUACAAAUUUCAGCAAUAAUACUUAUAGCUUCGACCAAAUUAGAGAUAUGCAGUACUUGCACGCCGCGAUCACGGAAAGUAUGAGACUUUACCCGCCUCUGCCGGUGGAUUCGAGGUUGUGUCUAAACGACGACGUUUGGCCGGAUGGGACUUUGGUGGGAAAGGGUACUGUGGUGUCGUUUCAUCCGUACGCCAUGGGGAGAAUGGAGAGUAUAUGGGGCGAGAAUCGUCUUGAGUUUCAGCCGGAGAGGUGGCUCGCCGAUGGAGUGUUUCGGCCGGAGAAUCCGUUCCGGUAUCCUGUAUUUCAUGCCGGUCCGAGAACGUGUCUCGGGAAAGAAAUGGCUUAUAUUCAGAUGAAGUCGAUUGCAGCGUCGGUGCUUGGGAAGUUUGAAGUGGACGUAUUGAAUAGAGCCACGUGUCCAGAGCAUCUGCUUGUUGUGACUUUAAGAAUGAAAGGGGGUUUACCGGUCAAAAUUAGUAAAAGAUCAGUUUAGUGUGAUUACUGAUUAGAUAAUGUUUUUUUUAAUCAGUAUUGUUAUUUAUAAUAAUCUCUUUUGGUUUCGUGGAAAGAGAGGCUUUCUUUGUUUAAUUUUUACAUGCUCCACAGGAGUGUAUUAUUAAAAGUGUAUCAUUGGCUAUGAAAUUGAUGUUUUUU